GCAGGACUUGUAGGCAGUAAGCCAAUGAAAGCCUCACUGGGUUCUAUUGAAUAUAUCACAUCACUUUACCCGUCUGAAGAUGAAUCAAGCAAGAUAAAGGAGGCUGUAAGGACAUAUGUUUAUGGAGUAGAUUUUGUUCGUGCUGCUCUUUCUGUUAACAAUAAAAAGGUUACUCUUUUUCACUUCGAAGAUAAGCCUCGACCUGGGUUCCAGAUGUCAUACGCACAUUACACGACCAUGGAGAACUUCGUG